AUGGACACUACAUCUAACACUCAGCAUCAAUGGCAACUGACACUAAAAAAAAUUAUAACCAAGUUCAUUCAAGACCUCGAAUACCAGCCAAUAGAUCCAAUACCAGAUUCAAAUGCCACCUAUCAAGCAGUCAAAUUGGAGUUUUCGACCCGAUAUGAUAACGGCCAGGAAUGGUAUCACCAGACGUAUCGGACUGCAGUCACUAUGGCAGAGUGGAAACAUAGCUUUCUUACCCUGACCACACCCCCGAAAUUCGAAUGGAAAUCGCUCGACUCACCUGGUAAGAGCCGUUUCCUCCUUGGACAGUUCGCAGGGAUAACUCAACGCACUUCAAAAAUUAUCAGCUUCUUACUUCACGUAGACGACCUCGGAAAGGAGUUCAGCUCGCUGGAAAACCUCCAGCUGAAUAUCCUCUUGGGAGACAGCACAGAGGGUGCUUUCAAUGAGGCAUUCCGAAAACACCUUAUCGGGUUUUACCAAUUUUAUGACCCAAUCCCCGCCAACGCGAUCACCUUAUCCGCCAUGGACUGCAUUAACGGCAUGCUACUUGAGCAAAGAGACGCUAUCCGUGAUAUCAAGCUUUCCGACUCGGCGCGCUCGUGGCCAAACUAUCUGCGCAACAAGACGGGGUGCUCGGAGGCAUAUGCGUUCAUGCUCUUUCCCAAGGCAAUAAAACUUGACCUUAAAUUUUACAAAGAAUACCUCGGAGGGGAAAGAGAUACAUACGUCUUCUUGCGUGCUCGCAUCGCCGACAAGCCAUUGAAUGAGACGCUACGAGAUGUAGUAUCUGAGUCGUUAGCUGCACAUGCAAGGGUCUCAAAGGCCUUACAGCAUACAUGUGCAAUUUCGACCUGGAAGCAGUUUGUCAAUGGAUACCUUGGAUUUCAUUUUACACUGGCGCGCUACCGCCUGAGUGAACUCGGAUUCUAG